ACAGUGUGACUCAGCAUGUACAAAGGUUGUUUGUGUUUGCAACUAAAGAGCAGAAGCAGAAGGACUCAGUGGAACGACAACCACCACCACGUCACCAUGUUGGCCUCCUUGGCUAUGCUCUUUGUGGCUGUGUUGCUGCUUCUGUUCCUCCUCCAGGGUCAGAGGGGUGAGAAAUUCCCCCCAGGACCCAGGGUCAUCCCCAUCUUUGGAAAUGUGCUGCAGCUCAACCUGAAGAGUCCCAUCAAAGAUCUGGAGAGGUUGACUAAGAAAUAUGGCAAAGUCUACAGCAUCUUCUUUGGGUCAAGACCUCUGGUUGUUGUCAACGGUCUAGAGGCCUUUAAAGAAACCCUUGUCAGCAAAGCUUUCGAUUUCUGCGGAAAACCACAGGACAUCAUGUUCAAUUAUGCCUUCCAGGUCCAAGCUCAUGCUCCAGGAGUGGUUCUGGCAGAUUACUCCCCAAUCUGGAAGGAGCAGCGCCGCUUCAGUCUAAUGACCCUGAGGAACUUUGGUCUGGGCAAACAGUCCAUGGAGCAGAGGAUCCUGGCAGAGAUCAGUCACGUCACAAAGGUUCUGGAAGAGAACGCUGGUGGGACCAUGGAUCCACAUCUGCUCUUCCACAAUGCCGCUUCCUGCAUCAUCUGCCAGGUUCUGUUUGGCAAACACUUUGAGUACGAGGAUGAGUUCCUGAAGUUUUCUGUUGAGCUUUUCCACGUGACCUCCAAGAUCCUGAACGGACCCUGGGGAAUAAUUUAUGACGCUGUGAUCCAUGAAUCUCAGAGAGUAGCCAACACAGUUCCACUCAGUGUCUUCCAUGAAACGUCUAAAGACACAGAGCUCAUGGGAUAUUUCAUUCCUAAGGGAACCAUGAUCAUCCCAAACCUGGGCACAGCCCUCAAUGAGGACGGACAGUGGAAAUUCCCCCAUGAAUUCAACCCUGAAAACUUCCUCAAUGACAAGGGGGAGUUCUUCAAACCUGAUGCCUUCCUGCCCUUCUCUGCAGGUCCUCGCAUGUGUCUUGGAGAAGGUCUGGCUCGUAUGGAGCUGUUCCUCAUCAUGACCACUCUGCUGAGGAAGUUUGACUUUAUCUGGCCUGAAGAAGAUGGAAAACCCGACUUCACUCCAGUCUAUGGAGUCACACUCACACCUAAACCGUACCGCAUGAAGAUCCAACUCAGGUUCAAAUGUCGGAGGCCCACGAACUUUCCUCCAGGACCUGCUGCUCUUCCUCUGCUGGGGAACCUUUUAAACCUGAACCUGGCGAACCCACUGGAAGACUUUGAAAAGCUGAGGAAAACCUAUGGAGACAUCUACAGCUUAUUCCUUGGCCCCAAACCAGCUGUAAUGCUGUGUGGGACAAAAGUCAUCAAGGAGGCUCUGGUCAACAAGGGGGCAGACUUUUCUGGACGACCCCAAGAUCUGCUUUUCAAUGAUGUCACUGGAAGGAAAGGAGUGAUUCUGGCAGACCACGGAAAAGUUUGGAGGGACCAUCGACGCUUUGCACUUAUGACCAUGAGGAAUUUUGGCCUGGGUAAGAAUUCCAUGGAAGAGAGAAUCCACACUGAGCUGCAACACACCAUUGAAGAACUGGAACAAAACAACGGUAAAAUCCUGAGUCCUCAGCACAUGUUCCAUAACAUUUCCUCCAACAUCAUCUGUCAGGUUCUGUUUGGAAAACGCUACAACUAUGGUGACAAUUUCAUCAAAGAGAUUGUUCGGUGUUUUACAAAAAUUGGAAAACUGGCUAAUGGACCGUGGCAAACGUGUCUCUUGUGUUUCCAGACCGUGCACGAUCUUGUCUCUGCCUUGGUGAACCAGCACAAGAAGAUCAGAGUUCCUGGAGAACCAAAGGACUAUGUGGACUGUUAUCUGGAUGAACUGGACAAGGUUGAUAAAGGCUCAGAGUUUUCAGAAGACUUUCUCAAAGGUAAUCUCCUGGAUCUCCACUUUGCUGGGACAGACACCACCUCUAACACUUUGCUCACUGGGUUCCUCCAGCUCCUGGCCAACCCUCAUGUCCAAGAACGUUGUCAACAGGAAAUAGACACAGUGCUGUGUGGGAAAGGUCAGGUGACUUUUGAAGACAGACACGACAUGCCCUACAUGCAGGCUGUGAUCCAUGAAUCUCAGAGAGUAGCCAACACAGUUCCACUCAGUGUCUUCCAUGAAACGUCUAAAGACACAGAGCUCAUGGGAUAUUUCAUUCCUAAGGGAACCAUGAUCAUCCCAAACCUGGGCACAGCCCUCAAUGAGGACGGACAGUGGAAAUUCCCCCAUGAAUUCAACCCUGAAAACUUCCUCAAUGACAAGGGGGAGUUCUUCAAACCUGAUGCCUUCCUGCCCUUCUCUGCAGGUCCUCGCAUGUGUCUUGGAGAAGGUCUGGCUCGUAUGGAGCUGUUCCUCAUCAUGACCACUCUGCUGAGGAAGUUUGACUUUAUCUGGCCUGAAGAAGAUGGAAAACCCGACUUCACUCCAGUCUAUGGAGUCACACUCACACCUAAACCGUACCGCAUGAAGGUCCAACUCAGGGCAACACAGUAA